CAAAGAAAUAAAAAAAUUUGUGACCUGAAUUAAAUGCCAUGCUGAACCAAUAUACUGUAGACAAAUAUUGUAAAUGAGUGUGAAUUGCUGUCUGCACUCCCAUUUAUAAGCAUGAUAUGUGUUGCUUUUAGAACGGCCCGGAGAUUUAUUAAUUUAAUAGGCCUAGUUCACAACAAAUAAAACAAAGACAUAAUUUAGAAAUAUGUCUAGCUACAGAACAAUUGAGAAAGCCUGUUCCUUAAUGUGGCCUGCAAGGACAUUAUAAGUUUUCUUUUUGCCUAGUCCCUCUGGGCAAGCCUAGACCUGUCUUCACGUGGACUAAGUGGUCUCUUAGGUAACCUAGUCCAGAAAACCAUUGUCCACUAUAAACACUGUACAGCAUUGGCUACCAACAGUUAACAACACAGAUAGAUUUCAGUGUUGACAUAGAUAUGGGCCUCAUUACGCUUGACUUGUUUCUUUCAUCCUAAGGAAUGAUAACAGGUAACGGCUUAGCAAUGUAUAGACUAUUUUAAUCAUUAGAUAUUAGGCUACUGUGAAUAAUAAAACUGAUCAUUCUGACUCUAAAAUUUGAUUGAUUGAGCAGCGUUCGAAGCCGUUGAAAUAAGCACAUUCUAAGUGGCUGUUGCUUGGCAACAACCAUAAACAGAGUUUGUAGAAGUAUAUUACAUGGCGGGAUAAUUAUUAGUAUCACCUGUGAGGAACUUAUUUUCUUAAGAGCUCAUUAGUUUGAGUUAAUUAAGUGCAUUCAACUGUAUUUACGCUGAUAUCGUUUCCCUCUUUGUGCGGCGCUCUUCUCGGUAUUUUUCUUGGAGGAAUAGCGCCAGUGUCUUCAGCGGGGAGCGCCGUGGUUCGCGCUCAAGUGGCUCCCGCCUCGGAUGGCGCUGAAUUUGAACGAACAAUAUAGGCUCUGGCUAUAAAUACAGACAAAAUGUGCUGGAAUCCAACGCAGAGGGACCGUGCAAGAUAAUGGGGCGACACAGAGAGCUCCCGAAGAGUUUCUUCAGAGAAGGAUGAUGAAAUCCAGCAGGAUGCUUACUUGAAGCAAAAGGAAGAGGAGAGACCGAAAUACAUGGAGAUGGCCAAGAAACGAGACCAGAUUAUUGCCCUUCUGAAUAAGCAGAGGGAUGAGCGAAUUAAGACUGGCUCCCUAGACCCUUUCAUCAUCUGUGGAUGAGGACCAGAAAGAAGUUCUGAAGCUCCAGUAAACAUAGUGAUGAUAUUAAAGACUAGUCACAAAUUUGAAAUAUAAUGUCUUUUUUUCAAAGGAAAUAGACAAAUGUUUAAGAAGUUUACUUAAAAUGCAGCUAGACUCGCUACAUUUGUUUAUCAUUGUCUUAAACACUUAAGAUAUUAAAAUAUUAAGGCCAGUGAGCACUGUGUCCUUGUAAUAUUUCAUAUGAUUUGUUGAGAUCUACAAAUAAAAGCCCGUGGCGUGCUCAUUCCUGUCAGCUGAUGACGUGUUAUGAUCUUCUGUGUGUUCGGUCACGCGCGCGCGUGCCUCCCUAGACGUUCACGAAGAUUUCAGAGGAUAACGGGACAGGUGAUCGGUUCUCUACUGGACGAAGCCUUCCUGCUGUUGGAUGUUCACUUUUUUUUAUUUACUUGGCUUUUCAUUGUCUUGGUGAAGAUACUUUUAAGGCCCAUGGAAGUUUGAUAAAAGGUGGUAAAAUGGAUUUGAUGAGAAAAUGUGGCUGCGUGUUGGUUUUAUUCAGCGUCUCCGCGUGCGCGUCAAAGCUUCUGAGCGACAUUUACGAGCCCAGAGGCCAGCAGAUAUGCAAGCGUGGCACUGAGAAGCCUUGCUAUAAAAUCGCCUAUUUUCAAGAUGCUCGGCGUAAACUCAACUUUGAAGAUGCGAGUCGAGCCUGCAGGAGUGACGGUGGAGAUCUUCUCAGUAUUGAGUCUAAGACUGAGCAGGGACUGAUAGAGAACUUCAUCCAUGAACUGAAAGCAUCAGACGGAGACUUCUGGAUCGGGCUCCGUAGGGAUCAAGGCCAUGAGGAGAUAAACGGAGACUGUCCUUCUCAGUACUACUGGCUGGAUGGAAGCCAAGCAACCUUCAGGAACUGGCACUGGGAUGAGCCUUCCUGUGGGUUUGAGGUGUGUGUGGUGAUGUACCAUCAGCCCUCUGCUCCUCCGGAUCAGGGUGGGCCUUAUAUGUUCCAGUGGAAUGAUGACAAUUGUGAAACCAAAAACAACUUUAUCUGCAAGUACACCAAAGAUAAACCUACAGCACCCAUCCCUGCAGAAAAUAGAACAUUUGAAGAUGCUCUUCCAACACCCAAAAUACGCAGAAACCCCUCUGUCACAGAGAAGGAUGAUGGCAUGAGGGUGCUUGUAUCUGAACCUCCAGACAAUGUUCUUAAUAUCGCUUACAUUGUGCUGCCAACCAUACCACUUCUGCUGCUGUUGAUUGUGGCGACGGGAGUUUUCUGCUUUAAGCUGUUCACAAAGAGGAAGAAACAACAGACUGAGACCCCUCCAACGGAACCGGGAUACUGGGCCCCUGGAGAAAGAUGCAACAGCCCAAGCCCUGACGUCUAUAACGUCAUCCGAAGGCAGCAUGAAUCAGACCUGGCUGGCACUCGGCCUGACAUCAAGAACACUUCCUUCUUGGGUUCUUCUCCAGACACUCCACCUGGAGAUUAUGACAACCUGGCAGGCAGAGACACUGAAAGUGGUUUUGUGACACUGGCCAGCACUGAGAGCGGCUUCGUGACCAACGAUUUGUAUGACACCCUGCAGGGCCGUGGAAGCGGGAGAUAUUACAGAGACCAGGGAUGGAUGGAUGAAUUAUAUGGCUACUGAUAUGAAAGACGAACAUUAGCAUUUAACUGCAUAUUCUCCUCUAAAAUGAUAAUAGCUGUUGAUGUCUUACCAGAGUAGACCUGGAUAUGUGUGGACUCUGGCAUUUUUGAAAACUCCAAAAUGUACUAAAUGAAUGAGAGACUGUGUUAUUUUAGCAUUGUUGAUAUACCAAUAUAGUUUUUGUUAAUAUUGUGAAUUAGAUUUUUAUUCAUAUUUUCUAUUUCAAUCAAUUUUAGCUAAAAGUUUAGCAAUUUUGUGGUAGUUUUUUUAUU